AUGUCAAGAAUUUUGCACAAAAUCGAGGAGAAGCUUCACAUACACCACAAGCAUGGAGAUGAUGAUAUUCCUGCAGCUCAAAACAAGCCACAAGAAAUCCCUGUGAUUAAGGAUGAAAGCAAUGUAGAUAAGAAAGAGGACGAUGUUGAUGAUCAUAAGAAAAGGAAUUUGGUGAAAAAAGUUGGGAAAAUUGCCAAAAAAUUGUUACAUGGUCAUAACAAAAACUCCAGAGAGGAAGGCUACGAAGGAGAGGAAGAGGAAGAGGAAGAGGCGGAGGAGGGAGAAGAAGUAGAAAUGGAAGAAGCAGAAGAAGGUGGUUUUGAAUUUGAACUCGAUUUCGACUUCUGA